AUGUCUCGUGGUAUGAACGAUGAUGAAAUAUUAGCUGAAUUAGAUGAACUUUUAGCAAAUGCGGAAUCUGACGACGAUUUUGAAAUUGAUGAUAUGUUUCCACAUGAUGACAUGCAAACUUUGGAUACUCAGUGUGAUGAUGAUGAAAUAUUUGAAAUGGAUAUUGAACCAGUUCAAUCGUCUACUACAUCAGAUAUACAACCAAUUACUUGUACUCAAAGAUCAAAAAAAAAAAAACUAAAAGUAAAAACUAAACCAAAAGCAAGAGGUAGAUUGACUACACCAAAUUUCAAAUGGAGAAGAGGACCAUUUCAACCCAAAGUUCAUCAGUUUGACCCAAGUGUAAGUGGUAUAAAAAAAAUUGAGUUUGAUCUCAAUGAAAAUUCACCGAUUAUUGAUUUUUUUGAAUCAUUUUUUACACCAUCACUGUUGGGUAAAGUAGCAUUUGAAACAAAUCGCUAUUAUCAACAAAAUACAGAAGACCAAGUACUAGGAGACCGUGAUAAACGUUGGUAUGAUACAACAUCUGAGGAAAUGUAUCUGUUUAUUGCUAUAAACAUGCUAAUGGCUAGGAACAAAAAAUUAGAACUUCGUGAAUACUGGUCAACUGAUGCAUUACUUUAUACACCUAUAUUUGGUCAAAUUAUGAGUAGAAACAGAUAUCAGAUUCUACUUCGGUAUCUCCACUUUACCAACAAUGAUCAUCAAGUAGCUGGUGAUAGACUGUACAAAAUACAAAUGGUACUAACUGAAGUCAAAAAAAAUUUCCGAGAUGCUAUGAUUCCAUUUCAGAACCUUGUAAUUGAUGAAAGUCUACUUUUGUGGAAAGGUAGGCUCUCUUUCAAGCAAUUUAUUCGCACUAAAAGACAUCGUUUUGGUAUAAAAUUCUUUAUACUAUGUGAAGUAGAAACUGAUUUUAUAUUAGAUUUUAUUAUAUAUACUGGAAAAACUACAGAUAUAAAAGCCUGUGAUAUAAAUCUUGGACAAUCUGGAGCUAUAGUAUGUACAUUGUUUGAAGGAUAUUUGAAAAAAGGUCGAACAUUAUUCACUGAUAAUUGGUAUACUUCACCAUUGCUUUCCACCUAUCUACAUAAAAAUAAAACUAACAGCUGUGGGACUGUCCGAAAAACUCGAAGAGGAAUGCCAGAGCUCAAAAAUAAACUUAAAGUUGGUGAAACACAAAGUUUGCAUACUACUAAAAUGCUAGUAAUGAGAUGGUUGGACAGACGGGAUGUUUAUAUGCUUACAACUUGUUUUUCUGAUAAAAUGUUAUGUACUGGAAAAACAGAUUAUGAAAAUAAGAACAUUAGAAAGCUAGAAUGCGUUAUAAAAUAUAAUGAAAGCAUGGGCUCAGUGGACAAGACAGACAUGCUUUUGAGUAGUGUAGAGUGUGUACGCAAGACUGUAAAAUGGUACAAAAAGGUGUAUUUUCAUUUGAUAGAUAUGUCUUUACUAAAUGCAUACUCAGCAUAUAAGCAAGUAACAGGAAAGCAUCCAGCAUUAGCAGACUUCCAGUUGGAGCUUAUAAGGCAAAUUAUAGAUAGGUACAGGUCCAAAGUAAAAAGUCCAAAAUUUUAUCCAAUAAAAAUAGAUGAGCUAUUACAAACUCAAAAAAUGCACUUUUUAUCUGAAGUUCCAACCACUGAAAAAGGAAAAUCUGUCAGGAGAAGAUGUGCAUUAUGUAAUAAAAACCAAAAAAGAAAAGAUACAAAAUAUUUGUGCAAGGAAUGCGGAGUAGGACUGUGUGCUGUACCAUGCUUUGAAAUUUACCAUAAAAAAAUGUAA